AUGAGCGAAGAAUAUCAGCAUAUCGACAGGAUCGAUCUGCAGCAAUCUCAAGCUCUCUCGAUCCGAACCGAAUCGCGAACUGGGGACUUGAUGGAUCCCAACUGGAGUCUGAACCGUGACAGCCGAGUGCAGGUGGAACGUGCCGCGGUCGGAGAUCCUACACAGUACACGAUCGUUAGAUGCACAAUAUCAUUCUUACUCUACCUUGUUCGUCCCGAGCGUACCGAGUCCGUGGCUCGGCGUGAGACCGCCGCACGGUUCAACUUUAUGCGGCACGCCGUAUCCGGGAGGGCCACGCAAUGA